AACAAUGGGAAAUUGUUACACGGAAAGGUUGCGUUGUUGUCACUUGUGUGUGGUCAGCUAUAGGACAAAUACGAGUUAAUUUUCGGGGAGUGAGUCAAAAGUCGUUCGAUUUGCGCGAAAAGCAGUCGCUAUAAGGGUAGGGAAAGUCCCUAAAUACGGAUAGAUUAGCAAAACUGAUUGUGAUAUCCAGCCCAUGUUUUAUCUGUGCCGCUGCGUGCUCACUGUGUGUGCGUGUGCGUGUGCUGCGUGCGUGCGUGCGGGCUCAGCUGAGAGCGCGAUGGAGGCGGCAUCUGAAUUGUUUGCAAGCGGUUGCCGUGUUGGCCCACUCCUUGAAAUGAAGCUCAUUUAAAUGAGAAUGACGGAGGAGUAGAGGUGAAAGGCGCUUGUGUGGCGGCGCAGCGCGUGCGGGUGCACGCGCAUGAUGGGACACGACGCGUUAGCACCGUACGACACACGGUGAAUAAUAUUAAGCUUCCAGGUUUGGAAUCGCGCGGCAUUGACAGCGGGACACUCAACGACGGAAGGAAGAGCUGCAAGCUCCUGUUGGCGAGGACACCUGUGCGCUCUUUUUCCCCCUUUUUUUUUGGGGGGGGGGGGAGGUGUUUGCGCGGCCAGCUCAAUUCUGUGGGGAUGACAGGAAUGUAUUUCCUGUCAGCUUUUUGCGCCUGUGGAUGACGGAAAGUCACUCAUUGUCCUAUAGUGUUCAUCACUGGUGCUGUUCAACUAGUUUAACAUGUUGAGAAAUGUAGACAUAGUUGGUUCAACCAUGUGAGACAUCUGCUGUCUGUAUGGAGCCCACACACACACAGGACCUUUAGGGAGACUUUUCUAGAAGAUGUGCUGAGUUUCUGAGGAAGGAUUUGGGAUUUCAGCCAUGUUCCUUCUGGAUGGGAACUGUUCUGAAGGGAUGGAGAGAGGGACGGCUCAGAGGAAAACGGUGUACCGCAUCUCCCUCACACUAGUGAAGAAGGAGACAUUGGAGGAUAGAGGUGGCACAUUGCAAAUGCCCAAAGUGGGGUCCUUCAGGCAGCAAUUCUCGCUGGAGGCCCAGCGCAGUGGUCUGCUGGAACAAGUGCCAGAAGUGGAGGAUGAAUCAGAUGAUUUGUCAUCACAAAGCCACAUGAGGAACUUCAGGACGUAUAGCACAGGCCAGCUGGAAUUGGGGAGGCUUAAACUGGCCCGCAAGCAGCAGGUCCUAAUGACAAAGAAGAAAGCCACCACAUUUAUGAGUUCACAAGAAUCGCCACCUUCUCACCAACUCAAGAAAAGCAUUUGUACCAGAACAGACUCUGCUGGGAAUAUGGUGAGCAGCGGUGUAAUGAAAAUGAAGAGACUCUUCAAGUCAAAGAGUUUAGAGAAGAGCCCUGAGUCGUUAGACCACAGUGGGACAAUCCCACCCUUAAACGGGACGGCACCCUCAAAUGGGACGUCACUUGCACGCUUACUGGAAAUGCCACCUCAGCAGGAGCCCACUGGCCUGCUGUGCCGUAGCUUCAGUUUUAGGCACCGGACAGGCAGCGAGCGGCUACGUUUGCAAGCGCUACUGAAGGACAAACACGACAGCAGCUCAGCUCCCGUAGGCCGCGACCUGGUGUCCGGAGGCCAGAAGGUCACCCAAGUUGAUUCCGUGCUUCAGAGCCCCACCGGCCACCCUCGCCUUGGUACGAUAGAGAAAAGCCGGACGCUUGAGGUCGGUGCCAUCCUGAACAAGGCGGACCCCGUAUUUGAGCUAAGCCGCUGGGAAAGGGCAAACACCGACAAGAAUCGCACGCUGGACAAUAGCGACCUGCAGAUUCUGGCUGCACACAAGGACGGUGUGGCGCUCCCGCUUCGGAGAGGAGGAGGAGGACGUUUGAGUGAGAGGAGGCUGGUACGCUUCUUCAGUGGCAUCUUCUCCCGCAGGGAUGAGACCGGCACCUCGACACCGGUGGGAAGCUCCAGCACAAUCCACUCCCUCCGCCACAGGACCACUCCUUUGCAAUCCAGCACAGAGAGUGUGAAUGGAAGCACAGGCGAUGCGUUUGUGAACAGCCAGGAGUGGACUCUCAGUCGCUCUGUGCCAGAACUCAAAGUGGGCAUUGUAGGUAACCUGGCCAGCGGGAAGUCGGCAUUGGUCCACAGGUACCUGACAGGAACGUACGUCCAGGAGGAGUCGCCUGAAGCUGACGUGGAUGCAGGUGGUCGCUUUAAGAAGGAGAUGGUGGUUGAUGGACAGAGUCACCUGCUACUCAUCAGGGAUGAAGGGGGCCCCCCGGAGGCACAGUUCGCUUUGUGGGUUGAUGCAGUCAUCUUUGUCUUCAGUCUGGAGGAUGAGAUCAGCUUCCAGACAGUUUAUCACUACUUCAACCGCCUUGCCAACUACAGAAACGCUGCCGACCUACCACUGGUUUUAGUCGGCACGCAAGACGCCAUCAGCUCAUCCAACCCGAGGGUGAUAGACGACAGCCGGGCCAGAAAACUGUCCAACGACCUGAAGCGCUGCACCUACUACGAAACCUGUGCCACCUACGGCCUCAAUGUGGAGCGAGUCUUCCAAGAUGUUGCUCAGAAGAUUGUUGCCACCCGGAAGAAGCAGCAGCUGUCCAUCGGUCCAUGUAAAUCGCUCCCAAACUCCCCGAGUCACUCGUCUAUCUGUACCACGCAGGUGUCCAACGUCCAGGUCAGCCAGACAACUAAUGGCGGUGGUAGUUUGAGCGACUACUCAUCAUCGGUGCCAUCCACGCCGAGCACCAGCCAGAAGGAGCUACGCAUCGAUGUCCCACAGAGCACCAAUACGCCCACGCCCGUCCGGAAGCAGUCCAAGCGUCGCUCCAACCUCUUCACCUCAAGGAAGACCAACGAGACGGACAAGGAUAAGAAAGGUCUGGAGGCUCGAGCCGACACCAUCGGCAGCGGGCGAGCCAUUCCCAUCAAACAGGGUAUGCUGCUGAAGAGGAGCGGCAAGUCCCUCAAUAAGGAGUGGAAGAAAAAGUAUGUGACGCUGUGUGACAAUGGGCUGCUGACCUACCACCCCAGUCUUCAUGACUACAUGCAGAAUGUCCACGGUAAAGAGAUCGACCUGCUCAGGACCACGGUCAAGGUACCAGGUAAACGGCCGCCGCGAGCCGUGUCCACCUGCGCCGUCAUGCCCAGCCCCAAAACCAACGGCCUGACGAAGGACAUGACCAGCCUGCAGCUGGGACACACUCCAGGUUCAGUGAGUUGCAGCUCUUCAGUAUCUCAGAUGGCAAGCGGUGUUAGCCUGGUGUCCUUCAACAGUCGCGGUCCAGACAGCAUGGGCGGGCAUCAGCGCUCAUAUUCUGUCUCUAGUGCCGACCAGUGGACCGAGGCCACCAUCAUCGCCAACUCGGGAAUCGGCACUGAUGCGGGCCUUGGCGACUCCAUGUCUUCCAGUCCCAGCAUCUCCAGUACGACCAGUCCCAAGAUGGAACCGCCCCCAUCGCCACACGCCAACCGCAAGAAGCACCGGCGGAAGAAAAGCACCAGCAACUUCAAAGCAGAUGGCCUCUCUGGUACUGCCGAAGAGCAAGAGGAGAACUUUGAGUUCACCAUUGUAUCACUAACGGGUCAGACGUGGCAUUUUGAAGCCACUUCAUAUGAGGAGCGAGACUCCUGGGUGCAGGUCAUCGAGGGGCAGAUCCUCGCCAGUCUUCAGUCCUGUGAGAGCAACAAGAACAAGUCUCGUCUGACCAGCCAGACGGAGGCCAUGGCACUGCAGUCUAUCAGAAGUAUUCGUGGAAAUAGCCGCUGUGCCGACUGUGACACUCAAAACCCGGACUGGGCCAGCCUCAACCUUGGUGCCCUGAUCUGUAUUGAGUGCUCGGGUAUCCACAGGAACCUGGGCACCCACCUGUCCCGGGUUCGCUCGCUGGACCUGGAUGAGUGGCCGCUGGAACUUAUCAAGGUCAUGUCGUCCAUUGGCAAUGAGUUUGCCAACAGCGUGUGGGAGGCCAACUCACAGGGUCACCUGAAGCCUGGACCAGAUGCCAGCAGGGAGGAACGUGAGCGCUGGAUCCGGGCCAAGUACGAGCAGCGUGUAUUUUUGCCGUCGCUGCCGUGCGCCGAGCUGUCGCUUGGCCAGCAACUUCUGCGUGCGACGGUGGAGGAGGAUCUGCGCGCCGUCGUGCUGCUGCUGGCGCACGGCUCCAGGCAGCAGGUCAACGAGACGUGCGGCGAGGGAGACGGACGCAGCGCGCUGCACCUGGGCAGCCGCAAAGGCAACGUGGUCAUCACACAGCUUCUCAUAUGGUAUGGCGUUGAUCUGAUGGCGAGAGACGCCCACGGCAACAGCGCCCUGGCGUACGCCCGGCAGGCCAACAGCCAGGAGUGCGUGGACACGCUGACCCAGUACGGCUGCCCCGACGAACGCUACCCGCUCAUGGCCACGCCCAACCUGUCGCGCCGCAACGCCAACCGCAACAACAGCUGCAGCAGCGCGGGCAGCGCCGCGGGCAACAGCGCCUUCAUUUGAGCCCUCAUUGGGAGCAGCGUCAAUUUUCUUUUGGGAACCACUCACUACCUGCUGUGACUCUUGGCUCCACCCACCUCACCGUCAGACUGGUUGAACCGGGUGAUGAGCCAGGAUAGUACUCAAAGCAUGCUGGGUACUGUACUGGGUCACUUUCACCUAAGACUCUUGAGGGCUGGCGUCAUCCUUUCUUCUUACACUACAAGGCCAGUUUGCUUUCAGGCAGCGUCACUUUCCCAGCCCGAUCAUAUCGUUGCCUGUCCGACGGGUCCUCUGCAUCGUGUUGUGGCCCAGCCCAAACGUUUUUCAGACUUCUGUGAACUAAUUUACCUGUGUUAAAUGUGACAACUAUGUGAAAGAUCUAAGGGGCCGACGUCUGGCAUCUUUUUCUGUUUGGACCGCUCGCCAGGGAAUGUUGGAUCAGGCUCAGGGACGGAGUCGGCCAGAAGCAGCUUGUUAAUAUGGUCGCCCACAUCUACGUGAUGAAGACGUCUGCAAGCCUCGCCCCCCGACUCGACCGUCUCGCCAUCUUGAAGGCAGAGGUGGGGGACUCCAGUCACAUCACUCGACUUAAAGCAGACUUGGGAAAGAAUCCACUUGACUUUGACUUUAACUGCGUGACUUGACAAGUCUUAUGUGUUCUAAUUCGAAGAUCUGCAUUUGCCAUUUAGUGUGCUGUUUGUUUUAAAAGUAAUUUUUCAUACCUGGCCAGCAACCAGUAAGCUGUGAUGCGGAAUGAAGACGUCACUUCACGAAGCAAGUGUCACGAAAGGAGCGUUGAGUAUUAUUACAUUUGGAUUCAGGAGUAUGCUUUUGACAAUACAGCUGGUUUUGGAAAGUGUGAAUGUGUUAGUACAGCUAACUAACGCAAGAUCAGAUGCUGAAUACAAAGUGGCCAAUUUGCAAAUAUAUGUUGUGACUGACUUCGGACUUGCAUGACACGCGUAAUAAUGACUUGACUUGAAACUUUACAGUUAAGACUUGGGACUUCCUUGUGACUUCCUCCCACCUCUGCUUGAAGGUACGGUGUUUGUGUCCCUAAAGCUCCAGACUUACCAGAAAGGGAAGGAAAUGCUAACUACUUUAGCGUCAUUUGGAAGCUAACCCCGAUGUAAACGACAAUUAAAAAGACUGAUAUUAAGCCUAGCUUUUCUACACACCAUCCCUUUAACACUCGCAGCGAGUGUGUGCUUUGUCAAAUUGUUGGGUUACUUCCUGGUGGAGCAAAAAGGGAGUCUACGUUCUUCUUGAGGUGUGUUACACCAGGAACCCGUCUGUAAGCAUCUGCUGUCUUUCAGCAUCAAGCUUAAGAAGGGUUUGUUGUUUGUUCUUGUUCUGUGCAAAUAAUUUAAAAUCAUGUUCCGGUCCUCUAUGAGAUGUGCUGACAACCGCUAGACUGAAGGUGGUGCUCAUUUAUCCACUGCUUCAAAUUCAAACUCCAUCCUAUAUUUAUUUAUUUACUCUCUCCUACUUUGGCUUCAGAGUGUCAAGUCUGACAUUUGAAAUGCCGACACAAGAAAGCAAGGCUGCAUUUGUGGAUGAUUGAGGACUACAAAGUUUGCUCAUGAGCUAAAUAGUCUUGCAUUACUUAUUGAUCUGACUGAAUGUGCUGUGAGCUCGCUGUUUCCUCACCACGUGACUGCUGAGUAAUGGAGUAAACCUUAUGUCAGUCCGCCACAACUCCCCUCACCUUUGUACAAAUCUUAAACUGGGUACACACACAUCAAUUUUGAACAUCUAAACCUAUUUUGAAAAUGGGAGAAACCUGACACAAAUGAUGAGGACAAAAUGGGCCUAUUUUAAUGCUUUUCUAGUGAAAGCUUAAACUGUUUUCACUGCAAUCUCUCUUUCUUCACAUAUCAAGCCACCGAGCUUGUCAGGAGGGCCAAGGCCUUCACCCCUGAACACGAUCGAUGCCCGCUUCCUUGCUUAACCCUCUGCGACGCUGUCGUCAAUAUCAUCAACUCCUCCCUUGGAUCUGGCAUUGUACUUUACACCUUAAAAACGGUCUCAGUCACACCUGUUCUCAAAAGGCCCUGCCUAGAUCCAGAAAACCCCCGGACGAUUUCCAAGCUUCCUUUCCUCAGCAAGAUCCUGGAAAGUAGUUGCCAGGCAACUUUACCAAUACACAACUCACAAUCAUCUUAUCGUUCACAUCGCAUUCACAGAGUUGGUGACUCGCCUUGACCACAUAAGAAUUUAUCCAAGUACAUAUUGAACAGGUUUCACAUUCACGAAAGAUGACUCGACCCAGCACAGGAUAAUCAUUGGAGAUAUUGGAAAGUCAGGCCUUUGCUGAUGGAUCGGAAGGAGGGAAUCGGGCUCAAAAAUGUCCCAAUCAUCAGUGUGUACCCAGUUUUACAAGACAGACACUCCGUUCAUAUUUGCCUUUGUUUUAACACACCUACGUUCAUUUGACUUGUGAUCGUGUAAACCCCACCACCACCACCACCAUGAUGAUGUCCCCCCCCCCCCACAAAUAUAUAUAUAUAUAUUAUAUAUAUAUAUAUAUAUUAAAAAAAAUUCUAACUUGGGCUAUUUUAUUUAUGACAGAAAUGCACUAAAUUCACUUCGGAUUAUCUUGUAGCCUCGUGGCUGCUGGCGAUGUGAUGCUUUUACUUUCAUUUUAGCCAAGGUUAGCAGCUACCGAUUGGCUUGAAGUUUCCUCAGAUUUGUCUGUGCGCCUUUUAAAAUGCUUCUCCUAUGCCAACACAAGUGGGGAGGGAACACAUUAAUAAAUGAAUUAAAAAAAAAAAAAGCUUGCGUGGGCCAAUAUGAGACGUGCAGCUAGCUCUCACACAAAAGCCGUCGACGCUAACCGAGACCUCAAUGUUAGCUGCUGUCUCACAUGCAUUUUGUAUAGUUUGGUCCCCACUUGUUCCAAGUCCAUCCAUGUUUUGAAUAUUCAGAUUUCUCGCUCAGACACAUUGUUCUUGUGGUUCUAAUUAUUAUUGUUUAGUUGGUGUACAGUAAGAUAAUUCUACGGUAAUGUGUCUCUUUUCAAUAAAGACCAGAAUGAUGCUCACUCACUUUGGUUUGAAAAAAAUGAAACUUCAAUAUCUGUUUUAUUUCCCAAGAAUCAUUUGACGCGUCACACUUGAUGAAUUCAGGCGGUUCCCACCUGGGCUUCCUUUGUGGAGUUUCAUGUGUGUCGGAGUACCCAAAGAAAAGCCGUGCUUGCGUGGCUUUUCAUCGGUUACGCUGGUUUACUCCCAUGUUCCAAAAACGAUUAAAAUAAAAGUACUUAGUGAUGCAAUUAAAAUGUAUUACACAUAAGGGUAAAAUAAAAAUGUAACUUAAAUGAUUGUUUAAAAACAAGCAUUUCCAAAAGACUAAACAUGAAUGUUUGAAAGUUAAAUACAACUGAACUGUACUUGGGCAGUGAUUCUUUUGCAUACCACUAGAGGGACUUUGUGGUACUCGUUCUAUACUUUAAGAAUCACAAUUGUGGCCUACUACAGCACAUCAUAUGCAUCUACUUCAUGGUUCUUUUUAAAAUCACAAAUUGUCUUUUUUAACAUCAUAUUGCAAGCAUUUUUGUAAACAAGUCCCUUUUUAAAAUAAAUUUAACAAACUAUUUUGCUUGA